GAACCCGAAAAUGACUACAGAUCCAAAUCCAGCAACAAGAACGGGAAAGAAUCUGUUAAUUAAGAAAUGAAGUAAAUACAGGGAGAGAGGUUGAGAGGAGACUAAAACUGAUAAAAAUGGAUGUGGAGAGAUCGUCUCUGUGCAAUUGUGUGGUGAAUUUCUUGCUGGAAGAGAACUACCUUUUGACGGCAUUUGAAUUGCUUCAUGAGCUCCUUGACGAUGGCAGAGACCACCACGCCAUUCGCCUCAAAGAGUUCUUUUCCGAUCCUUCUCACUUCCCUCCUGAUCAGAUCUCUCGCUACAAUUCUCUUCGAGUUGUAGACCCUCAAAAUUUACUAGAAGAGAAAGAUGCACUAGCAGAAAAACUAGCACUUAAUGAAUAUGAGCUUCGUUUGGCACAAGAGGACAUUGAAAAGUUGAAAACUGAACUGCAGAGGAAAAAGGAUUCGCCACGGGUGGAAUCAAGUGAGUCACAAUCAGAUGUUUCUGAGAACUCCAGACCAGAGAUUCUACGGCAAAAGAAGGAUGAUUCCUUCUCUGGCUUGGGCCCUUUGAAGGAUAAUGAGCGUAGGGAUCUUAAUUGUGCUGUGAAGGAAUAUUUGCUAUUAGCAGGAUAUCGGCUUACUGCUAUGACAUUCUAUGAAGAAGUUACAGAUCAGAAGUUAGAUGUUUGGCAGCACACUCCUGCAUGUGUGCAAGAUGCCUUGCGACAUUAUUACUAUCAGUAUCUUUCAUCCACUACUGAGGCCGCUGAGGAGAAAAUUGCCAUGCUCCGAGAAAAUGAGUCAUUAACAAAAGCAAAUGACAGGCUGAAUCGUGAGAAAGAUAAAUUGCAGAGAAACAAAGAUUCAGCUGAUAAUCAAAUAAGUGGACUAACUAAAUCCUUAGAGGUUCUUCAAAAAGAUCUUAAGGAGAGGGAGAACCAGAUGCAAGAGUUGAAGCAGUCCUGGGAGCUUCAGAGGAAGGAACUUAAUGAUUGCAGAGCUGAAAUUACUUCACUGAAAAUGCCCAUUGAAGAAUAUCGUCCUGGAAGGAGCACGGUGGCAAGUGAUGCUGAUUCUGUUCAAUCCCAGCCCUUAGAAAACUACAAGGAAGAAAUAAUAUCAUUGCAGAUGGAAAUAGGAAGGUUGAAGGAAAAAAUGACAAAAGCUCCUGAAUAUUUAGAUUCCAACAACAAUGAGGAGUUGUCUCUGCAAACAGAAGAGAGAGUUGUUGAGAUAGAUGAAGAUAAAACUGUAUCUCGCCCAUGUGAUGCAGUUGGAGUGUUGGGCGGUGAAGAUGGUAAAUUACUGAUAAAUGACAACAACACUAGCAAACCUGAGGAAGUUUCAUCUGAUUUGUUGAGAAAUCAAUCAAAUAAAGAUAUUUAUAUUGAAAACAAUCAAAAGGACAUUAAACAAAAUGGUGAACCACCUAGAAAAGAUGGUGCGCCACAUGUGGAAUUGGACAAUUUAAAUGUUGAAGCUGCUUCAGGGAAAAUGGGUGUAGAAACAAUUCAGAUCCUUGCAGAUGCCUUGCCCAAAAUUGUUCCUUAUGUUUUGAUCAAUCAUCGGGAGGAGCUUCUCCCCCUAAUGAUGUGUGCAAUUGAGCGCCAUCCAGAUGGCACCACAAGGGAUUCCUUAACCCACACAUUGUUUAAUUUGAUCAAACGUCCAGAUGAGCAACAGAGACGGAUCAUAAUGGAUGCAUGUGUUAGUCUCGCUCAGAAUGUAGGAGAGAUGAGAACGGAAACAGAAUUGCUUCCCCAGUGUUGGGAACAAAUAAACCACACAUAUGAGGAGCGUAGAUUGCUUGUUGCUCAAUCUUGUGGAGAGCUCGCAGAGUUUGUCAUGCCUGAGAUCCGUGAUUCUCUAAUUUUGUCCAUUGUGCAACAACUGAUAGAAGAUGCUGCAACUGUUGUUCGAGAGGCGGCUGCACGUAAUCUGGCUUUGCUGCUUCCACUCUUCCCAAAUGUGGACAAAUAUUCCAAGGUUGAGGAGAUGAUGUUCCAAUUGGUAUGUGAUCCCUCUGGAGUGGUGGUGGAAACUGCACUUAAGGAGCUACUUCCUGCAGUAAUAAAAUGGGGAAACAAGUUGGAUCACAUUUUAAGACUUCUACUUUCCCAUAUUAUGACCACUGCUCAGCAUUGUCCACCUCUCUCGGGGGUCGAAGGCUCUAUGGAGUCACAUCUACGUUUUCUGGGGGAACGGGAACGCUGGAGUAUUGAUGUGUUUUUGAGAAUGCUGUUGGAGUUGCUUCCAUUCAUGCACCAGAAGGCAGUUGAAGCUUGCCCUUUUUCUUCAGUAACAGAGUUGAAGGAUACAGUGUUCUCCACCUCAUCUCUUGAAUUGUAUUCGAAGGGACACGUUGAAUGGGCACCAUUUGAGUGGAUGCAUCUUGAUUGCUUUCCUCAUUUGAUACAGUUAGCCUGCAUGUUACCUGCGAAGGAAGACCAUUUAAGAAACAGAAGUACAAAGUUUUUGUUGGCUGUAAGUGAACACUUUGGGGAUUCUUAUCUGGUACACAUAAUGAUGCCUGUGUUCUUGGUAGCAGUUGGGGACAAAGCAGAUUUAACAUAUUUUCCGACUACCAUUCAUUCGCAAAUCAAAGCAGGAAUGAGGCCAAAAACUGUUGUGGCUGAGAGGCUUGCUACAAUGUGUGUUCUGCCACUCCUCUUGGCAGGUGUUCUAGGUGCUCCCAGUAAGCAUGAAGAACUAGCAGGCUACUUGAGGAAGCUGCUUGUUGACAGCUCACCAAAAGAGAAUCAAUCAAAAAAACACUAUGUUGAAAUUAUUAAUGCUGUCCGGUUUCUUUGCACCAUUGAACAUCACCAUAGUAUGAUAUUCAAUAUUUUAUGGGAAAUGGUUGUUAGCUCCAACGUAGAUAUGAGAAUCAAUACUAUCAAUCUAUUAAAAGUCAUAGUAGCACACUUUGAUGCAAAAGUUGUUUCUAUCCAUGUUUUGCCUGCUCUAGUUACUCUUGGCUCUGAUCAAAACCUGAAUGUGAAGUAUGCCACCAUAGAUGCAUUUGGAGCUGUAGCACAACAUUUCAAAAAUGAGAUGAUAGUUGAUAAAAUUCUUGUUCAAAUGGAUGCUUUUCUUGAAGAUGGAUCCCAUGAAGCUUUUGUUGCUGUUAUCCGUGGGUUGCUGGUAGCAGUACCUCACACAACAGAGAAACUUAGAGAUUACCUUCUUUCCAAGAUUUUUCACUUUACAGCGGCACCAGCUUCUGCAAAUGAUAUCAUGCGUCGCCGUGAGAGGGCUAAUGCAUUCUGUGAAGCAAUUCGUGCCUUGGAUGCUACAGAUCUUUCAGCAAAUAGUGUGCGGGAAUUCCUCAUCCCUGCUAUAACAAACUUGUUAAGAGAUCCAGAUGCAUUAGAUCCAGCGCACAAAGAAGCCAUUGAGAUAAUAAUAAAGGAAAGAUCAGGUGGAAAGUUUGAGACCAUUAGUAAGGUGAUGGGUGCUCAUCUUGGGAUAGCAUCAUCAGUUAGUAAUUUCUUUGGAGAAGGUAAGCUAUUGAGCAAGAAAGAAGCUGCAGACCAACAGCCACCAACACCCGACUCCCCAAAGGCUGUGAAACCUCCACCGACAGAAGACACCAGAUUCAGGCGUAUCAUGAGCCGUAGUUUUACCGACAUGCUUAGGAGUAAAACAUGGGGCCAAGAAGAAACACACAGGAACCAAUAAUUUUUUUAGUCUAUCUCGACAAGGGGUGCCACGUAAUUAUCUUUUGUUAUCUUCUCCUAUAUUUCUUAUUUUAUUCUUGAUGAAUCAAGUUAUGGCCAUAUCAGCACCAAAGCAAAAAGGAAAAGAAGAAAAAAAUCCCUAUUCCUUUUAUUAUUAUUUUUCUUUAAUUUUUACUGUAUAGGAGGAUAUUGAAGUAAAAAAUGGUUCGUUAAUUAAGUAAAAAGUUUCUGAUUCUACUCCA